AUGUCCUUUCCCAACAGCUCUCCUGCCGCUAAUACUUUUUUAGUAGAUUCUCUCAUCAGUGCGUGCAGGAGUGACAGUUUCUACUCCAACAGCGCCAGCAUGUAUAUGCCACCUAGCACAGACAUUGGGACGUAUGGGAUGCAAACCUGUGGACUCCUUCCGUCUCUGGCUAAAAGAGAAGUUAAUCACCAAAAUAUGGGUAUGAAUGUACAUCCUUAUAUACCUCAAGUAGACACUUGGACAGACCCGAACAGAUCUUGUCGAAUAGAGCAACCUGUUACACAGCAGGUCCCCACUUGUUCCUUCACUACAAAUAUUAAAGAAGAAAGCAAUUGCUGCAUGUAUUCCGAUAAGAGAUCCAAACUAAUUUCUGCAGACGUCCCUUCCUACCAGAGGCUGGUGUCCGAAUCAUGCCCCAUUGAGAACCCCGAGGUUCCCGUCCCAGGAUAUUUUAGACUGAGCCAGACCUACGCCACUGGGAAAACCCAAGAGUACAAUAAUAGCCCUGAAACGAGUUCAACUGUAAUGUUACAGUUAAACCCUCGCGGCAGCUCCAAACCGCAGAUAUCUGCUCAACUUCAGCUGGAAAAGAAAAUGAAUGAAAACCCGAGCAACCAAGACAGCACCGCUAAAGUCUCUCAAGUGGAAAGUCCUGAGCCCAAGUCCACGUUGCAAGACGAGCGGAGCUGCCUACCCGAAGGCUCUGUGUCCAGCCCAGAAGUCCAGGAGAAGGAGAGUAAAGAGGAAAUCAAGUCUGAUACUCCAACAAGCAAUUGGCUAACUGCAAAGAGUGGCAGAAAGAAGAGGUGUCCUUAUACUAAACACCAAACACUGGAAUUAGAGAAAGAGUUCUUAUUCAAUAUGUAUCUCACUCGAGAGCGCCGUCUAGAGAUCAGUAAGAGCGUAAACCUCACUGACAGGCAGGUCAAGAUUUGGUUUCAAAACCGCAGAAUGAAGCUCAAGAAGAUGAGCAGGGAGAACCGAAUCCGGGAAUUGACCGCUAAUCUGACCUUCUCUUAAACCCUAACCCCGGGGGGGGCACCAGUGAGGAAUGGGCACAGCACCGCCACUUGCUAAAGGCAGGAGAGACUCUGGCAAAAGUCGGCAUUUUCCUUUUCUUUUUUUUUUCUUUUUUUUUUUUUUUUUUUAAUUUGGUUUGGUUUGGUUUGUUUCUGAUAGAAUGUGACUCUUCGUCCUUCUUCUAGAGCUGCAAGUGAAUAUGUAUUACUAUGAUGAGUAUAUAUAAAACCUAGCACGUGUAAUUUAUUUUUGUUCUCAUCGUAAUGCAGGGUAACUAUUAUUGAAUAUUAUCAUUUGGUCUUAACUUAUUGGAACUGUCGAACAUCCAAACAAUGUGACUUUUUCAUGUUUUUACUAACAAAAUGGUAUUUAUGUGGGGCUGUUAC